GUCGCUGCGGAGGGAAGGGUCCCGAUCCAGCGAGGGGCGUCCCGCGGACAGACGGGGUCUGACGACGCGGGGAGCGCGCUCCUGGCGGCCGGGACCGGUAGGGAGGCCGCGGGGACAGAGCCCAGCGGUUCUGAUUUUCCCCUGAACACUGAACCCAGUGGCGUCGGGAGGGGCCCAGAACAGACGGUAGAACUUCAGAUGAACUGUGGGCGGUGUCGAAAUAAGAAUGGGUCCUGAUGGAUGCCGUUUGUUGAGUGUGUAAGAGGUAGAUCCAGGUGUGUGCGAAAACAGUGCACAGACUUCACUUUCACUUCCCACGUCCUCGUGAUGGAUGUCCGCUUAUUUUUCAUACAAGGAAACCAAGUUUAAGCAGAUGUUGAAAUAUCAUCAGUGUGACACUGAUGUCACAGUUAGAAAUGGUGGAAGUGGAAUUCACACCCAAGUCCGUCCCAUGCCAAAAGCAACACUUUGUCACCUCCAAGGUUUUGGGAGUCGGGCUUAAGCGUUCUUGGAUGGAGCUGCUUGACAUCCCUUCCGGAUACUGCGCCCCCAAAGUCAGAGCCCUCAAGUUAUCAGCAGCUUAUGACACCUUUUGUGUUGCCAUUAUACCUUUUUGCUGUUGUCAUUGUCGUUGUUUGUUUUUUGUUUCUCUGUGUUUGAGGUUUGGCGUCUACCUUUCCUGAGGAUCACUUCAUCGGUGCCCAGGACGUUGAUCCUUUUCAAAUGGCUCCUGGCUCUGGGCCUAGCCAAUGGCAAUGGGCAUUCCUUAAACAUUAGAAGGAUCCAUCUUUUUCCAAGUGGUGUGACCUGCAAUGGCUGGUGAUACAGGAACAACACCUCCAGAGAGUGGGAUUUUUGGAUUUAUGAUAAACUUCUCUGCAUUUCUUGGUGCAGCCACAAUGUACACAAGAUACAAAAUAGUAGAGAAGCAAAAUCAAACCAGCUAUUUUAGCACGCCUGUUUUUAACCUGGUGUCGCUAGUUCUUGGAUUGGUCGGAUGUAUCGGAAUGGGCAUUGUAGCCAAUUUCCAGGAGUUAGCUGUCCCUGUGGUCCAUGAUGGCGGUGCCCUUUUGGCUUUUGUUUGUGGUGUGGUCUACACACUCCUGCAGUCUGUCAUCUCUUACAAAUCGUGUCCCCAGUGGAACAGCCUCUCCACAUGCCACGUGCGGAUGGCCAUCUCUGCCGUCUCCUGCGCAGCCGUGGUCCCCAUGAUUGCCUGUGCCUCACUAAUUUCUAUAACCAAGCUGGAAUGGAAUCCAAAAGAAAAGGAUUAUAUAUAUCACGUAGUGAGUGCAAUCUGUGAAUGGACAGUGGCCUUUGGUUUUAUUUUCUACUUCCUAACAUUCAUCCAUGAUUUCCAGAGUGUCACCCUAAGGAUAUCCACAGAAAUCAACGAUGAUGUCUGAAGAAAGGAGAAUUCUGUGUCACUCAGUGAAAGUCGCAGACAGUUUCUGGAAGUGGCCCGGAGGACAGGCAGGGUCCUAACGCUGCUCUGCGUGGAAUGCAUCUGCGCACAUCCAGGACUUGAAUUUCAGUAAGAAUUCCCAGUAGUUGUACUAUUUCCAAAGGUAUGUUUUCCUAGUGAGCUUAGAGCAUUUGUGACAUCAUAGCAAUGUUUUUAUAAUUUUCUAAGUAGACACUUUUUUGUAUUAAAUUCAUUACAGAGAAGCUAAGAUGUUACAGAAAAUGGACUGCUCUUGUUUUUGCCCAGAUUGUUUUGUUUUCUUUGUGUGUAAGUGGUUGGUGCAAAUCCACCAAACGAGGAAUUCACUAAGAAGUAAAAUCAGGGCAUAUUCAUUUAAAAUUUUUAUUUUUAGAGCAUGAGCUAAUUUUAUAUCAUGAGAACAUUUGUAAAAUUUGAUUUAUAAGGAUUUAGUUAACAAAUUAACACUAUCACUCUACUCUGAUUUUUAUAUGAACUAAGCAAAAUGCUUCUACUGAAAGGCCUUACUAUCUCUAUGCACAUUAACUCUAAGUGAACACAGAAGACCUCAGGUUUUCAAUUCCGUCCCUCAUGGGCCUCCCUGCUCACAGAGCCCCAGUGUUUACCCUUGCGGCUGACUGGUAUUCCAUAGUGGGCCUAAUUCCAGGUGGGAUGAAUCCGGCAAGACAGAUCCGAAAAGCCUUAGCACAAGAAAAUGGAAGCAAGCACCUGACAAGAAAGCCUCAUCGGAUUCUGGAUCGUUGUCUUUGCUGGAUGAGCAAGGCCGGAAAGUGUCUCAGGGACCAUUUAUGGAAGAGAUGGAUUGUGGGAAGGAGACCUUUGUUUAGUACGAAACCUCCACAAAGGCCAACCUGUGAAAAGCAUUAAAAAGACCAUUUGUAAAACCACCCUUUAUUGUUACUGGCGUAAAUUGAUAUACAGUCUGACUCAGAAGCUGAAACUCACAUCUCGAAUUUAUUUCAUGGCAGUAAACCUCUGGAAGAGAAUGCAGGUCUGAGAGAGAAGAGAGGAGAGGGUAGAGGGUGCAGUUUAUUUGAUCCUUCUUUUAAUGCCCGUGGCUGGAUGCUUGCACACUAUACGAAAUGCGAACCCAGUCCUUUGUUAAGCAAAACCUACACACUCCGUCUUCUCACACAAAUCACAAAUGGCAAAUGAAAAGUAAAUCAUUCCAGAAAAGGAAGUAGGCCUUGAAAAUGUUACGGCUUAGGUUUGAAAGUUGAAGAGAAGGCCUUCCUUCAAAGACGCUCUGGACCACAAACUUACAUCUGGCCAAGUGGGUCCAGAGCUUGAGGGCAUGUGCCGGGGCCAGAACAGCCCGCUUGGUCAGCCUGGGAGGGGAUCCGGGAGUGGUGGGCAUGGCAUGGCUCUUCAGUCACUAUCGGCCGAGUGAAUGAAGCAGUCGGCCACCUCAGCAACAACAAACCGUGUUGCCUGUGCUCAGCGGUGGGGAACCUGAGAACCAUGUCUUGAGUCUGUUGCAGCUUGUCAUAAUGCUGGGGGCCCCCAUAGUAACACUGGAGCUGAAAGACUGAAACUCUGGCAAGCAUUCAUUAUUCUGAAGAUGGGAGAGAAAUGUCACCUUCCUGUGCCGUGACACCUGCAGGAGAAUGAGUCCUUAGCUGGGACUCAGUUUGAACAGACUUUUCUUACCUGCACUUCUCACGAUGCUUUACUAUUCUUCAUGUCCAUAUCUCUCUGUGUAAUAGAUUGGCAGAGUAUGUGCCUUAAUCUUGAUCUUUGUAAAUCCAGUGUUUACCAGGGUGCCUCCUGGUACACAGUAGGUGCUUAAUAAAUACUCAUUGAAUGCAUAAAUGAACGAGUGAACAAGUGAAGGAGUGACGAGGGAUAUUUGUAGUGCUGCAUAAUGAGACUUACACUGGUUUACUAGUUAAGCGAUAAGCAGAUGGUCUGUAUCACUCAGGAAUGUUGACUGUUUCACUUUGUGUACUGUAAACGUCUCAGUUGUUUGGGCUUCAUGGCUCUGUGCCAAUUCUCUCCAACCUGGACAGUUACCACCAAAAUUGCUACAUGGGACAGACAAAACGGUACACCUGGCUUGGCAAACUGAGAACGCUAAAAGUCACCCCAGACAAUCUCAUUCUGCUGGUUCCUCUAGAGCUGGUCUUAAUCCACAUUUUGGUAUUAUUUCUGAUUUCCAUGACUUUGCAUUUCCUUGGACGUCUUGGCUGAAAGAGUAAAAUAAAAUGAAAUAUUUCUUUA